AUCUCUAAUAAUAGCACUGCAGGGAAGCAAGAGCGUGUGGAGAAAAAAGUGGUACAUGCAGCAAAGCGAAUCAUGCCAGCGCAGAGCAAUGAAAGAGUGCGAUGGAGCGAGAGCGGGGAAAGUUGAAAGCACAUGCUCUGCUUUCCUGCAUGCACAAUAGGAACAGCGCAAAGGGCGAAAAGACAAAUAGGAAGCACCAGGAGAAAGACGUUCUCAGUGCAAAGGAAUUGCAACCUCGAGAAACCUGAGAUCUGUGUCCUCUGAAGCUCUUGUGUUUUUGUGAGCACGGCGGUUUGUCAAAUCUUUUCAAAUGGCAACUUUGGACACGUUUGUUAAGUUGCAGCUUGUGUGAGUGUGUGUGUGUAAAACAUGCCCUCCGCUCGGCCUUCAUCCGAUGAUGCAGAGGUGUGAGAGCCACGAAUCCGAGGUCCAGCGGAGCCCUUCAUUGGACAGCGCAGAAUCAGAAUUCACCCGGGCGGCCCAUCGGGGUCACCGCCUGGCCGUGGGGGCCUUCUACGGCUCCCGGGGGUCAAAUGUCAAAGAUCAAGCGGCACAGAGUGACCAGUACCGUGGUCGCCGUCCCACCUGGAGGAAGCCUCAGGAUAAGCGGGUGUGCGGUGGGAAGUACGUUGUGUUUUACUUGGACUUGUCGUUUGUGUUGCUCCUAGAGUUCGAGAAGCUGAAGAUGGCUCGUGGAUGCCUGUGCUGUGUGAAAUACAUGAUGUUCCUCUUCAACCUGCUGUUCUGGUUGUCGGGCUGCGGGUUGUUAGGUGUGGGAAUAUGGCUGUCCGUUUCUCAGGGCAGUUUUGCCACCUUCUCCCCCUCCUUCCCCUCCCUCUCAGCCGCCAAUCUGGUCAUUACCCUGGGCUCCGUCGUCAUGGUAACGGGCUUUCUUGGUUGCCUCGGUGCCAUCAAGGAGAACAAGUGCCUGUUGCUGAGUUUCUUCAUUGUUCUGUUGAUUAUUCUGCUGGCAGAGCUGAUUUUGCUCAUCCUUUUCUUCGUGUACACGGACAAGGUGAGCGAGAACGCUAAGCAGGAUCUGAAAGACGGCCUGAGGCUCUACAACACGGACAAUAACAUCGGUCUCCGCAACGCCUGGAACAUUAUCCAAGCUGAGUGGCAGUGUUGUGGUGUAACUGGGCACACAGACUGGCAUGAUGCCCUGCAGGAGAAAACAGUUCCAGACAGAUGCUGCCAGGAACAUUACAGAGAGUGCGGUCGCAACACUACUAAUGUUUUCUGGUCACAGGGCUGCUAUGAGAAGGUGGAAGAAUGGCUAAACGAUAACAAACAUUUGCUCGGGACCAUCGCAAUGUGUGUGCUGGUCUUACAGCUGCUUGGGAUGGCAUUCUCCAUGACCUUGUACCAGCAGAUCCACAGGGCGGGAAAAAAGUAUGAUGCCUAGAGGAAACCCAGUGUUACACGAUAAAAACUCUCUGAACACCUUAUGUAUUAUUUCCAGCCCAGCUUCAUGCCAUCACAAACUAUUACCAGUGGAUAUGAAGCUGUAUUUUUUUUUUCUCUGCUCGAGUCUAUCAGAUUUAAUUAAACAGAACAGACUGUAGAUAUUUUUGCUCGG